AUGAAGCGAGUCGUCAGUUCUGAUGAAAUCCCGGCGCAAUGUUUGGGUGAGACCGGCGCACUCAGCUAUAAACCACCUACAGAACAGGAUUUAAAGGACACGGCUUCUCUCGAGGAAGCCUUAGCACAGAUGAAUAUCUUUGAAACUUCGGAAGAAAUAAUGCAGCGUCGCGAAGCCCUUCUCCGCCUUCAAGACAUUUCAAACAAAUGGAUCUACAAGAAGGCUUUGGAACAAAAUCUUCCUGACCACAUCGCCAGUGCAACAACAGGGAAGAUAUUUACUUUCGGUUCCUACCGUCUUGGCGUCAAUUUCCGAGGCGCCGAUAUUGACGCCCUUUUUGUCGUUCCACGUUUUAUAACUCGGGAUGAAUUCUUUUCCGAAUUCCAAGCCAUUCUUACCGAGGAGGAGGCAGUAGAGGAGAUUCAUGCUGUUGUUGAUGCUUUCGUACCUGUACUUAAGCUAAAGUUUAUGGGCGUCGAGAUCGAUCUUCUUUUUGCCCAAGUAGACAUGAUGUCUGUGCCAGGGAAUUUUAGUCUCUCCGAAAACACGGAGACGCUCCUAAGAAACAUGGACGAGAGAGACGUGCGAAGUGUUAAUGGUGUUCGCGUCACAGAGGACAUUCUAAAGUUGGUGUUUGAUAAGGAUGUGUUUAAAACGGCCCUUAAAGUUAUACGACUAUGGGCGAAGCGUAAACAAAUUUACUCUAACGCUCUGGGCUUCCUUGGCGGUGUUAGUUGGGGUAUAUUAACCUGCCGCAUCUGCCAACUCUACCCUUGCGCGGCGCCCUCUACUAUUGUAUACCUUUUCUUUACAAUAUUCAGCCAGUGGCCAUGGCCGAAGCCCGUCAGACUCCGAGAGUGUGAAUACGUUCCCGGUUUAAACCUGCCAGUUUGGGAUCCUAGGCAUAAUCCACCUGAUCAGUACCAUCUGAUGCCUAUUCUUACGCCAAGUUACCCCUCUCAAAAUUCAACUUACAAUGUUCAACGGAGCAAUCGCAUUAUCAUUCAACGUGAAAUCAUGAAUGGUAAGUAG